UCUUCUCACGGUCGAUGAUCGAUGAAUAAUCGAUAUAUUUAUAUACGCGCAUUAUCAGUGCACUUCAGUUGGCUUUAACACAGCAUGCUGCAGAAAGCAAAACCAAAGCAACAUUGAACUGUCUAAAAUUUAUGAGCUCCCCUUUUACAACAAACCAUCAGUGCAUGUGUAAAAAUUAGAGCUUUUCAAAUAGAUAAAAACAAUGUCUCAAAUUAACUCAUUUUCGGAAACAUAAACAAUUGCAGUGUUAGUAGUCGUAGAACGCAAAAAAAAACCUAUUUUUAACGGAAGCAGUGGCACACGAAAACUAAGAAACAAUUACACGAUGGACGCUUCGAUCUUCUUCAUCUAGGCUAAUUAAGCCAUGAUAACAAAUACUCUGGUUGUUGCUGAUCAUACGAAGAGUAGAUACAAUCACCUGCAGUGAUUUCCAUGUGGCAAAAGUGUACUUGAUAACUGUGCUCCAGAUAUGAUUUGAGGUGACCUCGCUGUUUGUGAUUCGUGGUGUAUUGCGUAUAUUUAUAUAGACGUAUCUUCAACGAUCGCGCAAACCCCCGACCAAAUGUUUGUCGAGUCAAUGAAAAGAGCCGUAUUUUUACACAAGUGGUCGUAAUAUUGAUAAACAAAAAAGUCAACUAUAGCUGCACAACCUGAAAACAAAGUAAAGGUGUACGAUACUCGAGGAGGACUCGUAUGGAUGCCGUCCACCACUCCACCGUUCCCGUCGCCGCUGUCGUCGUCGAGAAAAUUAUUAUGCUUCGGAGCAAGAGGUGGUGAUUGAGGCUCCCGGUGAGGAAUACGAGGAAAGCCUGCAGCAGCACGAGAACAGCAGCAGUAGCCACGGUAGUCGACAUCUCCUACGUGGACUACCCUCGUUUCUCGCACGCUCGUUUAGAAAAGUGUCAAAGAUAGACUCAGUGUGGGGUUGGGCGUCGCCCCCGCUGCGCCUCCAGGUAGCCGCCGCCGGGGGGGCUCGUGGAGCACUGGGGCCGGGGAGCGCGGCCCAUCACCAGUCUGCCACCUCGUCGCAGCAGAGGAUGGGCGAGAUGGUUGUUGAUCGCGCUCCCUCGCCGGCAAGGCUCAGUCACACCUCGGAGAAGCAUCCACGCGGCCUUCUGGGCGAGCUCGCGGCUCUCCGACGACACCGCGAGCUCUGCGAUGUCGUCCUCAACGUCGGCAACAGAAAGAUCUUUUGUCACCGGGUCAUACUCUCCGCGUGCAGUCCGUACUUCAGAGCCAUGUUCACGGGCGAGCUGGCUGAGUCACGCCAGACCGAGGUGACUAUUCGUGAUAUCGACGAGAUCGCUAUGGAGCUGUUGAUCGACUUUUGCUACACGGCCCGCAUCGACAUCGAGGAGGCAAACGUCCAAACACUCCUGCCCGCUGCCUGUCUGCUACAGCUCGCCGAGAUCCAGGACAUGUGCUGCGAGUUCCUCAAGCGGCAGCUCGACCCGUCCAACUGCCUGGGCAUCCGCGCGUUCGCCGACACGCACGCCUGCCGGGAGCUUUUACGCAUCGCCGACAAGUUCACGCAGCACAACUUCCAGGAGGUCAUGGAGAGCGAGGAGUUCUUGCUUCUACCUGUCAGCCAGCUCGUCGACAUAAUAUCGUCGGACGAGCUGAACGUCCGCACCGAGGAGCAGGUUUUCAACGCCGUGAUGAACUGGGUCAAGUACAAUGUCUCGGAGCGCCGACAGCACUUGGCUCAGGUUCUCCAACACGUGCGUCUGCCUUUGCUGAGUCCAAAAUUUCUCGUGGGCACGGUAGGCUCGGAUCUACUGGUGCGCUCGGACGACGCGUGUCGGGAUCUCGUUGACGAGGCUAAGAACUACCUGCUACUGCCUCAGGAACGGCCGCUCAUGCAGGGCCCAAGGACGCGGCCUCGGAAGCCCACUCGCCGGGGGGAGGUAUUAUUUGCGGUGGGUGGCUGGUGCUCGGGUGACGCAAUCGCAAGCGUCGAACGAUUCGAUCCCAAUACGUCAGACUGGAAAAUGGUCGCACCGAUGAGUAAACGCAGGUGUGGGGUUGGAGUAGCAGUUCUAAACGACCUGCUUUACGCUGUUGGUGGGCAUGAUGGCCAAAGUUAUUUGAAUAGCAUCGAGAGGUACGACCCACAGACGAAUCAAUGGUCUUGCGACGUAGCACCAACGACUUCCUGCCGGACGAGCGUUGGUGUUGCUGUACUUGAUGGUUUUUUGUACGCCGUGGGUGGACAGGACGGUGUUCAAUGCCUGAACCAUGUCGAGAGAUACGAUCCAAAAGAAAACAAAUGGUCCAAAGUGUCGCCAAUGACGACGAGACGUCUAGGCGUUGCCGUAGCCGUACUCGGUGGUUUCCUUUACGCCAUCGGUGGAUCUGAUGGCCAAUCACCACUCAACACGGUCGAGCGAUACGACCCGCGGCAGAAUAAGUGGUCCCAGGUUUCGCCGAUGUCAACGAGACGAAAGCACCUGGGCUGCGCUGUCUUUAAUAACUUAAUCUACGCAGUGGGCGGCAGAGAUGACUGCAUGGAAUUAUCUAGUGCCGAGCGUUACAAUCCACAUACAAACUCCUGGAGCCCGAUUGUCGCUAUGACCUCUAGGAGGAGCGGAGUUGGUCUGGCCGUCGUGAAUGGUCAGCUAUACGCAGUGGGUGGUUUCGAUGGCACAGCCUACUUAAAGACGAUCGAGGUUUACGAUCCAGAACAGAAUCAGUGGCGAUUGUGCGGCUGCAUGAACUACAGACGUCUUGGCGGUGGCGUUGGUGUGAUGCGAGCGCCUCAGACAGAAAAUUAUCUUUGGUAGCUCAGGCCCCCCAGUUCAGCUGGUGGCUCCUGCUCGGCUGAAAUAAUCACGACCACGGCAGCAACGACACCUCUCACGACGCCUGUGACCCCAGUUACACCCGUGACACCGCCCGCACCGAUAUCGGCUCCUCUGCAGCCCAAUAACUCAACCAAUACGAGGAAGCGUUACAGACGAUCGAUGAGCAUCAUUUAAUAUUUGCUGGUUGGACUGCUGUGCACAGUUAUGGUCGUGCGCGUGCACGUGCGUGUAUCCGCGAAAACACAAACUUUUUGAAGACGCUAAAGACGUAUAGCCAUCGUUUACGUCGAUGAACUCUUAAAAAAAGUGCAUUUGUCUUUGACUGUAAUUUAGUAUUGAUUUUAAAAUUAUGUCCAGUUUGUUGAUUUCUUAUUAUCUUGUCAAAAAAAGAAUUUUAUUUCAACCUUCUCAAAUCUCGUUUAAAUACUUUACUUUGUCUUUUUAUCAAAUUUAUUUACUGUGAUGACACAUGGUGACAUACUCCUUAAAACAUUUUCAAUUACAUACCACUGUCAAUGCUUUUUUUUAGAAAAAAAUUUUUAACUUCUUGGUACGUGUUCUGCUCAUAGUUGUCUUGUUAGAGUUUAUUAACAAGGUUUGAGGAAUUUAAUGAAUUGAUGACUCAAGAAACGGCUAAUUUAACAUCUAACCAGUGUACAGACAUAAGAAGAAUGCACAUGUGUUCUCGUGGUGAAAUUUUAGACUGUCAUUAGAUUUUACUGGAAUAACAAACUAUUAUUUAAGAAUACAAAUAUAUUUUUAUAUAUAGGUCUUUAUUUAAUUUUCUAUGUUAUUAUUUUUUUACUGUUAUUAUUUCCAUUCGAAUUGUUGAUUUUUAGAUGAAUUUUAUAAAUUCUUUCGAUCAAUACUUUCGUCAUUUGUGUUUGUAAAAUCAUUCCUGAUGUCAAAACAUCUGUGUCUUGAAAAUUUCACCAAAGGAUCUUUGUUUAUAAAACAGCUUCAAUCUUGUGUGAUUAAACUAUUGUAAUUAUGUAAUAAUCGUAAUGCCAAAAUCUUGCUUAAAAGAAUGAGAGAAUUAAAAUAUGCAUGUAUACCACUAGCUAAUGUGAAUCUGUGUUCAGUAAAAAAAAAAGUCAAUCACAUUGUAACAAAACAAGUAAAGCUGUGCUAAACCAAAUUAGAAAAAAAUUUGGGUCGUAGAAUUAGCGAGCACCAGUUAUUGAACUAUUGUCGUAAGUAUAAUGUUAACGCAAACGAAGAUCAUUAACCUUUCUAAUUUAGGCUCCUAGUUACGCAAAUGUAUGUAUACAAAUUUUUAAAAAAAGCCGCAUAAUGUAAAGUUUGAGUGCACCCAGUCGCGAAAUAAUUUAAAUGAUCAAUUAGUUUUGAAUGUCAGACAAGCAUCUCAGUACGUAAAUUAACUGUAAAAAAUAUUUCAAAGUACUAAACAUAUUCAACAAAUGUUUAUGAAAAGAAAAAAAAAACAUUGCGCGUAAAGCACACAAGUUUUUUAAGUUUGUA